AUGGUUCUCUUGAUACAGAGGUUAAGCCGUUCUCUCAUGCCUUCUUCCAAGCUGGAGAACCACCCCCACCACCAUGCAAGGAAGGCCUUCUCGGCUCCUUUGCAUGCUUUUGAAGCUGAGAUAUCGAAAGGAUUGGUUCAGCUCUCCUUGAAGUCCAACCCCAGCUCAGAAAUCCUGACCUUACCAUGGAUCCGACAGUGUUUACAUCUUCUACCCACCAUGAACAAAGCGUUUUCCAAGCUCGUAGUGGACAUUGACUACCCAAUGAAUAGCUGGGAGCUUGCUUCCAUGGAAGAGUACCUUCAAGAUAGCUUAAAGUUGUUGGAUCUCCUUAACUCUAUUAGCUCUUCUCUUUCUCAUCUCAGUCGAGCUCGUGUGGCGAUGUCUUAUGCCUUGAACCUUAUGGAGAACUCACCUUCUGUUGCAAUGAAACGUCUGGAAGCAAUCCAGCCCUUCAGCUUUAACAAGAACUGCAGGUAUGAAGAAGAGAAAGAAGAUGAAGGGCAGGAGAAGUUUUGCUCUGGCAAAGAAUGGGUCAUCCAUCAAGCUUUGGUGAUGAUGAAAACUGUUGCGUUUUCACUCUGUGGAGUUGUGACAUCGAGCCUAUGUGGAGACAUUCAGUCAUGGUUGGAGAUAGGAAAAACAGUGGGUCAAUUGGGAAAUUCUUCGCUGAUGAGUCCACAUUUGAGCGUUUCUGAAGAGAUGAUAAAGAGUGGGUACGUACUGAAGGAGGUGAGAGAUGUGAAUGAGGGAGUAGUUCGAUUUUUUGCUGCUGCAGGCAGUGGACAGAGCAAAGAUGAAGAAAAGGAUUUGCAGAGAAGGGUGGAGCUUCUAGGGAAGCUGUUGGAAGGUGUUGGGGAGGAAGUGGAUCAGCUGUUCUCCGAGGUUUUGGUAGGGAGAAAUGAUUUGCUCAAUUGCCUUGGACAAAGGAAACAAUAG